GUCUUUUGGGAGUUUGUGAGGGAAAAGAGAAAAGGAAGAAGAGACUGAGCUUCAUACUCUGAAUCAAUCUGUCACCGUAGCAGAGGAUUCCCAUGGAGAAUUUCGAAGACUGGAAAGAGAAAGAGCAAAGAAAAAUCUAGUUUUAGCAUUUUUAGGCGUUUAAUGAGAGGUAAAUUUGGAUCCAUUUUUUUAAACCACCGAAGCUGUUAUCAAGAGUGCUGGAUGUUAUUAGUCUUAUAAUGGACAAGAGAGAAGACACAAGGCGUGGAGCUAGUCGGUUCUCGCAACAGAUUAAUAAGCAAUCUGGACAGAGGCUCCUCUCCGGAUUCGAUGGUGUUGCUGGGAACUUUGUAUCUUUGGAGAAAUCGAAGAAAGAGAAAGUUAGAAAACGGGGUGCUGUCAAUGGUAGAGGAAGUCUGAACAAGGAAGAGUCUGAAAUGGGUUGUUCUGAUUUGUCUGAUAGAGAAAACGAAUGUCCCUCGCAAUCGCAUUCCAUCGUCAGGAAUGGUGCCAGCAAGAGAUUCAAGAUCCCCAAAAAGUUUUUUGAUGACCGUAAUGUCGUGAAUCAUGCCUCUGUUCCGCGGAAGCUGCGUUCGGCCAUGAAGAAGCGCAAUAUCAAAUCUGUGUCCCCACCUCUGCCAGAUUCAAAGAGACUGAACAAUGUACCAGGAGGCGAAAAGGAUGUUGUAAAUAAGCGUAAACUGAAUUUGAAAAAAAGUGAUUUGGAAUGGUCCAGGAAGCUGUCCGUUUCAGGGCCAAUUACAAAAGAUGAGGAAGAGGUUGUAGAGACCCUGUAUGCUUUGGCAGGAAUGUUCCCUGACAAUGACACCGUUGAUAAGAAUAAAUUAGAUGGUGAAUCGUUAGAAGGAAAACCUUCAGCUCCACAAGAGAUGGUGGAAAGUGCUCCUAAUGCAAUUGAAGUUGAAAAAGAUGCGAGUUCAGUGUGUCCCCCAGAAGCUGCUAAGGCAGUCCCUUCAGCUAAUUUGGAAAUUUCACCCAAUGAAGCUGCUAAAAUCAACUCUUUUAAUGGAAGCAGUACUGAAGAGCAGCUUGAUUUGCCUGACAACAAAAGGUUCCAUAUGGAACCUGAUAGCUCCAUCCCCCAAGUUAGUCUUAACACAUCAAUUUCUUUGCUGGCUAAGACUGAAAGUAGUGAUAAAAAGCCACCAAGCAUCCUAGGCAACUUUCAUAGUUGGCUUGAACCAAGCUUGGAAACUGGAUUAAAACCACCCAAGCAACAACUGACCAUACCUACUGAGAGAAAACAGGAGGUUGCAGUUGGGGCUACGUCCAUUGAAGUCCAGCUAGCACAAGAACAUGUGAUCAAGGAGACUAGAAAAAAUGUGCCUCUUGGUGGUGGGAAUCAUGGUCCUUCAAAGUCUUCUGGUGCUAAAAUUCCAGCGUGGCUGGAUGCUGCCAUUUGUCCCUCUAGGGCUAGUUCAUCCAAAAAUGCUACUUCGGCCGGAAAGGUCUCUGAAGUCACCACAUAUAGAAACCCAAUGAAGAGAUGUGUUGCUCAUGUUUAUAUUUGCCGUCUGAUUCAGAGUUUACAGAUGCCAGAGAGCAAAGACACCGUGCCUUUGGAGCAUAUUGACUUGAAACAUCAUGAAGGAUUAAAGCAUGCUGUUGUUAUGCCACAUAAUGAUUUCAAUGGAGUUAGAAACGGUAUAAAUGGCACUCUAUCUAUCAUUCUCACUAGCAAUAGAAAUCCAAAUGAAGCUGGAAGUUGUAGUCAACCUCAGCACAAAAGGCUACGUCAGGAUGAGCCACAGGAUAAUCAAGCAUCAGGGAUGCACACUUCACAUAAGCAGACUUAUGAUUUCUUGUCUCUGUCGGCUGGCGGAGGUGGCGAAGAAAUUAAGAAUAGUUCUAAUAAAGGUGCAAACGCAUUUGAAACAUUGUCUCACCACCAAUUUUCUUACCUUCAUUCGCUUCCUCAACAUCAGUCACUUCUGUGUUUCCCAUUGCCCCAAGCUCGUUCUACCUCCUCUGCUUAUUCAGAUCAGUUUUCGAUGGCUGCAGCAUCAGCACAGCAGCAGGGCCAUCUACAGCUUCCUCCUUAUCUUACGAGCCCCUUCUAUGGCCCUUCUUAUACAAGUCAUCAAGGCUUGGCAAAACAACAGCCACAACAACUGCAGCAACGGCUUUUGGCAGCCCAAUUUGCGGCUCAAAUUCCAAGAUGGAAAUAUGGGAAGCAUGAGUCAGCUGCUCUGAUACCCGGUGUUCAUGCCAUAAUUCCUCCUUCCCCUUCAUCAUUGGAUGCGCUGGGACCCAAGUACAGAACACUCCCUCAACAUCAGCAGCCGUUAAUGCCUAUCCCUUCACCACUGCCCCACGCCAAGUUGAAAAGGCAAGACCACCAUGUUCCUAUUGUUUAUGAAGAAACUGCCGCUGGAUUUCGUGCAGCUGGUGCACUACCAAUGGAGUUACUCUGCAAUGAGCGCCUUUGAAGUUGGAAAUGGUCCUACAAUCAGUCAAUUAUGAGCUGCAGUUGCAAUACACUUGCAAUGCAAGGUAAAAUUAUUAUUUUAUUCUUUCAUUCACGCUUGAGAAUGCGGUCAUCCGAGAUAUGGAUUUAAUCGACCACUCCAUGUCCUUGGCAGAAUGAUAAGGCCUAGCCUAGCUGGUAAUCAAGGUGCUAGAAGGAAAAUCACUAGAACUUAGAAAAAGGGUUGAUUUAAUGAAAACUCUUUUCUAGUGACCAUUUUCAGUUUUUCACCCACUUUAUGGUGAAAGCUGCAAAAAGAAAGGUCCACUUUGUAUUUACUUUGAGGAAUUUUGAUCCUCGCCUGUGUACGUCAUCUACCCGAAUUUAUUCCGAUAUUAAAUAUUUUAUUGACAU